GCAUCCAGUGAGAGAGCAGGCUACCAGAGGAGGACCACGUGAGCACUUCUGGAGAUGUCUGAACACGGAUCGGAAGCUAGUAAUGCCCACGUCAACCUUCCACCACCACCGCAACCUAAGCGUCCACCGGAUUAUGAUACGUUCCGGAAGAGGAAGGUAGAGGAUUUCUACGGGGAUCGUUCGACGGAUCCCAUGGAGAUCGAUUUGUGGCUGUCAAAAGUCACUCGCACUUUACAGGAGAUGCGAGCAGAUGACGAGGACAAAGUGUUGCUG